AUGGCGGAGGACGAUUUGGUGGUGGUGGAGGACGAUUUGGUGGCGGAGGAGGACGAUUUGGUGGCAGAGGAGGACGAUUUGGUGGCGGAGGAGGACGAUUUGGUGGUGGAGGAGGUCGAUUUGGUGGCAGAGGAGGACGAUUUGGUGGCAGAGGAGGACGAUUUGGUGGUGGAGGAGGUCGAUUUGGUGGGUAUAGAGAUGAAGGGCCUCCUGAAGAAGUCGUGGGUUAAGGUUCCAACUUUUCUCCAUGCUUGUGAGGGAGAUGCUGUGACUAAACUCUCACAGGAGAAGAUUCCUUAUUUUAAUGCUCCUAUCUACUUACUAAACAUGACUCAGAUUGGUAAAGUUGAUGAAAUCUUUGGCGCCAUCAAUGAAUCUUUGUUUACCAUCAAAAUGAUGGAAGGUAUUGUAGCUACUUCUUAUGCUCCAGGAGAAAACUUCUUAUACAUCAGUAGGGUCAAUCACCGGGUGGCCGUGGUGGUCGUGGAGGAUUCUCCAGGGGUAGAGGAGGUCCUUCAACAGGACGAGGAAGUUUCAGAGGAAGAGGACCUCCUCCAUAAGGUGGUAGAGGAUUUCCUUCACGAGGUGGUGGUCGUGGAGGCUUCAGAGGCAGAGGAAGAGGAUACUAGUUUGGAUCCAAUCGGUGUCAUCCCACUCUACAUUGGCUGGGGUCUCGAUGGUGGUCUCAUAAGGUGGUACAACCCUACAUGGUUCAAUGAGUUGGUUCCUUCAACCCCUUAUGAUCCCUCGUUGGUGCGCAGUACUUUCGAGAAGGGAUCUCCGGAUCUUAAAGCUGGUAAAGAAGUUGCUGACUAUCUAGGAACUCGCCACCAUGAGUUUCACUUUACAAUAGUUCUUUCUGGGGAAGGUUCUGAUGAGAUUUUUGGAGGAUAUUUGUACUUUCAUAAAGCACCUAACAAGAAGGAGUUUCACGAGGAAACAUGCCGAAAGAUCAAAGAUCUUCAUAAAUAUGAUUGUUUGAGGGCUAACAAAGCAACUUCUGCAUGGGGUGUUGAGGCUCGUGUACCUAUCUUUUUGGAAUAUAUCAGAGUGCUGCUAGAGCAACUGUACCAAGAGGUCCAAGUGUAG